AUGACAUCCGUUGAUGAGUUGAGCACUCUUUUCGCUCAAGUUGGUUUCGAAGAACCUAAAGUGAAAGAAAUUUUGAAGAAUGCAAAGGUGUCUUCUUCUUUGGAAUCCGCAAUAAAGCUUGCUUCCAGCGACUUCCCAUGGAAUAAGAAUACCAGGGCUUUGAUUCAUACCUUGGCCUCUUCCUUGAAGGGUGCUGAAGUUCCACAUUUGGAUUACAUUGUGAAUGGAAUUCAAAAAGGCGAGUUGAAGACUGCUUUGCAAAUUGAUGCAGCAUUGAAAUACCUCAAGUCCAAGGGAGCUGAUGCUACUGUCGAGGAAAUGAACCAAGAAUCUGGUGUUGGUAUCGAGGUUAGCGAAGAGCAAGUGAGAACUCGUGUUGCUAAAUAUCUCGAUGACAAUAAGGACAGUAUUUUGAAGGAAAGAUACAAGGCCGUGCCAGGUCUUUUCGCUAAGAUCAAGGCUCUUCCUGAAUUGAAGUGGGCUGAACCACGUUUGUUCAAGCCAAUUAUUGAUGAAGAAGUCUUAAAGGUGUUGGGUCCAAAGGAUGAAAGAGAUCUUGUCAAGAAGGAAAAGAAACCAAAGGGAGACAAGAAGGGCAACCAAAAGGAGGACAAGAAGAAAGAAGAGGCAGAAGGUCCUAAGAGAUCUAUGUUUACGGAAGGUUUCUUGGGUGAUCUACAUAAGGUUGGUGAGAAUCCACAGGCAUAUCCAGAAUUAAUGGCUGAACAUUUGAAGGCAACUGGCGGUAAAGUUCACACUCGUUUCCCUCCUGAACCAAAUGGAUACUUGCAUAUCGGUCACUCUAAGGCCAUUAUGGUGAACUUCGGUUACGCAAAAUACCAUAACGGUGUCUGUUACUUGAGAUUCGACGACACUAACCCAGAGACUGAAGCCCCAGAAUAUUUCGAAAGUAUCAAGAACAUGGUUGCCUGGUUAGGUUUCAAGCCUUGGAAGAUUACUUACUCCUCAGACUACUUUGAUAAAUUGUACGAGCUAGCGGAAACUUUGAUCAAAAAUGGUAAAGCGUACGUCUGUCACUGUACUGCGGAAGAAAUCAAACGUGGUCGUGGUAUUAAGGAAGACGGUACUCCAGGUGGUGAAAGAAAGGCUUGUGUGUCUAGAGACAGACCAAUUGAAGAGAGUUUGACUGAGUUCAGAAAGAUGAGAGAUGGUUUCUACAAACCUGGUGAAGCUAUUUUGAGAAUGAAGCAAGACUUAAACUCUCCAUCUCCACAAAUGUGGGACUUGAUCGCUUACAGAGUUUUGGAUGCACCACAUCCAAGAACAGGCACCAAGUGGAGAAUCUACCCAACUUACGAUUUCACUCACUGUUUGGUAGAUUCCUUGGAAAAUAUCACACACUCUCUAUGUACUACGGAAUUCUAUCUAUCCAGAGAGAGUUACGAAUGGUUGUGUGACCAGGUCCACGUAUUCAGACCAGCCCAAAGAGAAUAUGGUAGACUAAAUAUUACCGGUACUGUUUUAUCCAAGAGAAAGAUUGCCAAACUUGUUAAUGGAGGAUACGUCAGCGGAUGGAAUGACCCUCGUCUAUUCACUCUCGAAGCUAUCCGUAGACGUGGUGUUCCACCAGGUGCUAUUCUAUCUUUCAUCAACACCCUUGGUGUCACUACAAGCACAACUAACAUCCAAGUUGUGAGAUUCGAAAGUGCUAUCAGAAAGUAUUUAGAAGAUACCACUCCAAGAUUGAUGUUCAUUUUGGACCCUGUAGAAGUCGUUGUCGAUAACGUCGACGAAGAUUUCGAGGUCGAGUGCACUAUUCCAUACAGACCAAACACCCCUGAAUUUGGUGACAGAAUGGUUCCAUUCAAGAAGAGAUUCUACAUAGAGAGAAGCGACUUCUCUGAGGAUAGUGAAAACAAGGAGUUCUUCAGAUUAACACCUUCUCAACCAGUCGGUUUAAUCAAAGUCCCAUACACUGUCUCUUUCCAAAGUUUGGAAAAAGACGCUGACGGUAAGAUUACUAGAAUCCACGUCAAGUAUGAUAACGAAGAUGCCAAACCAAAGAAACCAAAAACUUACAUUCAAUGGGUUCCAAUUUCUGAGAAACAUAACUCUCCAGUAAGAGUUGCAGAAACCAGAGUGUAUAACCAAUUGUUCAAAUCUGAAAACCCAUCUGCCCAUCCUGACGGAUAUCUAGCAGACAUCAAUCCAGACAGUGUGGUUGUUUACAAGAACUCUGUUUCUGAAUACAAUAUCAACAACGUGAUAAAGAACUCUCCAUGGGUUGUUAACAACGCCAAGCAAUCUGAAUUCUACGUUGAAGAAGAAAAGGGUAGAAAGGAAGUCUGCAGAUUCCAAGCCAUGAGAGUUGGUUACUUCACUCUAGACUCAGAUAGCACCGACGACAAGCUCAUCUUGAAUAGAAUUGUCUCCUUGAAAGAAGGUACUAAAUAA